GCUGUUGUGGUGGUUGUUCGUCCGGAUAUGGCUGAUGUAUUUUUAGUGAUGCUGUACGAGAAUUCGCCGGGGAUUUCGAUUCUCGUGGUGUCGCUCUGCUUUGUUAUCACUGUCGCCGUGGUGCUCAGCUGGUUUGGAUUUGGAGUUCCGGUUAUCUUGCAGAGUUCUGAUGAUGGAAUGUCACACUUGCAAAUUCCUGAAAGGAGAAUGGUACAAGUGAAAAACCCUUUUGCACUGGAAAUAAAUAGCGGCGGUUCAUCUGUUUCAGGAGGCGUCAGGCUUAAUCCCAACUGUCUGGAGAACUGCCUUUUGUCUUGCUACUGGGGCUGCACAGUUCAAGGUUUCCAGAAGGCACUUUCCGAUCAUGAGCAAAAGUUCCGGAUUAGUACACCUCAGCAGUUCGAAGAGGCUGUACUUUCAGACUUCCAGCACAGUACCACUUUUUUUAUUGAAAAGGGAAACAUUACAGAAAUUGUAUGCAAGCUGCCUGAAGGUUCCAGUAUCAAAGACUUUGGGACUCUUCCACGAGCACGAUAUCCACUUGUGGCCCUACUGAGUCUGGCAGAGCCUGAAGACAGAGAAAUUUAUAGCAUUGUUGCCAGUGUUUCUGUAAUCCAUGCGUCUGAUGAAAAGUACAAGAUGACAUCUAGGAUAUUAUACCAGUAUUUGCUAACAGCCCAAGGCAAUGUCUUUGACCUUAAGCAACUCUUCAUGUCUGCAGACAACCCAAUCAGUGCAUUAAACUCAGAGUUGGUCUCUCAAGAUGAUGAAGAGAAAAAGCAGGAGGAGAAUGAAGCAGAGAUGGCGGUAAUUGCAACAAUAGAGGAAGAAAGCCAUGGGACAGCCAGACGAGAUUGUAUAGUUUGUCAGAAUGCUUCCAUAAAUCGAGUUUUGCUGCCAUGUCGACACACUUGCCUAUGUGACAACUGUGCAGAAAGAUUUUACCAGUGUCCCAUGUGCCGCGCACAUGUCUGGGAGUCCUUUGCCCUCUCUCAAAAUGAAAGGCAAUAUCGUGACAUGAGUCUGGAUGACAGCUGAAGAAAAACUCCCCAAUACAGAAAG